AUGGACCAGCGGCAGGAAUCCACCGCGGAACACACCUUCGCACAUCUUUCCCCUCGCGUGCGGCAUAUCUCUCAAAGCACGAUCCGCAAGAAAUGGAAACCACUCCCUCAAUCAUCUCAGGACCGAGUGCGCGCAAUUCUACUAUCCUUGAAGACCAAACGCGCCGCAUCCGGCAGAAUACCACCAAUUGGUACAAAAAGGACCGCGAAGACGAAGAGGACGAAGAACGAUGUCAUGGAUGAGGAUUACGAGCGGGCCGUCGAGGAAGUCACAAAUAAACUCUUAUCACGACUCCCACGAAUGCCAUUCCCCAACAACGCGACACCCUCAUCGACGGCAUCGGUGGUAGACGAGCAUUUCUCCUUCGAAACCACAUUGAACCGUACUUCGUCCCUGCAGUCCACACUCACCAUGAACCAGAGGUCGAACCGCUUAUUGCGCAACCAGAUCAGACGAGAACAACGGGCCCUGAAGGAUGACAAGGCCGAGCUCUCGAGGCUCGAAGCGGCUUUGAAUAGUAGCUUCAGUUUGAGACAGAAGCAGGAGCGGGGAUUACAUCCUCUUGCGAGACUUGCUGACGAGGGCGAGGAAGAGGAACAUGAAGAUGAAGAUGAGAAUCAAAGACCGCAUAAAAAUCCGACCGAGAAAGACAGCAUUGACAGAAUCAACGACAUCGCUGGGAUAUUCGCUCAACCUCAGACUUCCACCAUAUCUCUCGACCCUGAUCAACAAUCGCAUCCCGAACUUGCACCCCUGUUGACACAACUCCGCAACCACCUGCAGAGCAUGGACAACAACACCGCAAGCAUACGACCGGUUCUCCAUGCCAUGUCUGAGGCGCAAACCGCUUUGGACCUCUUCGCCGCGGCACGAUUUGACGAGCAGACAAGGCGGAGACUUCAUGGUCUCGAUACUUGA